CCUUCUCCCCCAGCACCUCAUUCUAUAACCAAUCAGCCGGAGCGCCGCCCUCUCCUUUCCUCCCCCCAGAUGGCUUAUAAGUCCGUUACUAAGGGAGCUCCAGCGGCUCACAGCGCCAGCCCGCUCUGGAGCUGGGGCUCCCUCGCCUUGGCUCUUGAUUGGCUGGCUUGGGCUAACUCUCCAGGAGCCCCACGUGCAGCCGCUGCGUUUCUUAGGCAAGAAGGGAGAGUUAGGAAGAAUAGUAGGUAGUAUAGAAAGCUCCAGAAGCGACCACGGGCUUCUGAGCAGACUCCUGGACCCUUAGGGGGCCGGGGGGCUCAGCCCUAGGAAAUCUGACUCCCUGCGGAGAUACUGCGGAUUCCACCAGGUUCAUUCAUCUUGCUUCUCUUCUGUAAGAGAAGUGAAGAGUAAGCUCUUGGUUCCCGAAGAUCUCACUUUAUAACAAGCUCUGAAAGUUUCUGCUUUCACAGUCCCUUAAAGUCUGCUUAAUUUUUAACCCUGAGCAAAAAUGAAUUACUCCAUUAAUGAAGCAUCCGCUUCCCUAUUACAAGCAGAACACGCUGUUGAUUGGCUCAUUCAAAAUUUCACUAAGAUGCCACAAAGUGAGGAUCAAAGUUGGAAUGGCACAAAUGUAACCGAAGCCAAUGCUGUGAAUCCAGAAUCGGAAGGGCCAACAGAAACCAUCCGAAAAUGGCUGGUGAGCAGACCUCACAUCGCAGCGAAGAUUGUGCUGACCUUGGCAUAUGCAGUCAUCAUAAUGAUAUCCCUCUUUGGCAACUCACUGGUAUGCCAUGUCUUCAUCAAAUACAAAGAAAUCAACAAAUCAACAGGCCUUCUGAUCUUUAACCUGGCUAUAUCCGACAUCCUGAUCAUUAUAUUCAACAGCCCAUUUGCUCUGGCACGAUUCCUGAGUGGACAGUGGCUGUUUGGCAAGAUCAUGUGUCAUGUGAGUCAGUUCGCUCAGUACUGCUCCCUCCAUGUCUCAACCCUGACACUGAUGGCUAUUGCCAUGGACCGACACCGGAUAAUUCUGUACCCAAUGAAGCCAAGAUUAACACACUUUCAAAGCCUGGUGAUUGUUGCUGUGAUCUGGAGUCUUGCAAUGUUCCUUGCUCUCCCACAUGCGAUUUACCAAAAGCUUUUUACUUUCAUGAGCGUGGAUGGAGUUAUCAUCAAUCACUGCCUCCCUGCUUUUCCUGGUCCAAGCAAGCAGAUUGUGAAGUAUGUGGACCUCGGUACAUUUAUUCUGCUGUACAUCCUCCCACUGCUGGCAAUUGUCACAACCUACUCUCACCUGGGGAAAAGGUUGUGGAUUCAAAAUGCUGUUGGUGAUGGGUCUGCUCGUCAACUUUUGGCGCACCACCAGAAGCGGAAGAAGAGCAUCCGAAUGCUAAUUCUUAUUGUGCUGGUGUUUGCAGUAUGUUGGUUUCCCCUCAAUUGCUAUAUGCUUCUGAUUUCCAGCGCCGAUGUAGAAGCCGAGAGUGUGGUUUUCUAUGCGUUCCACUGGUUUGCUAUGAGCAGUACCUGUUACAAUCCUUUCAUCUACUGCUGGCUCAAUAAGAGCUUCCAUGCCAAACUUGUAUCUAUAACAUCCUGGUGUGAAAGAUGUAUGUCAUUACCCAGGCGUUCCCAGGUUCAGCAGCAAGAUCAAGUGCAAGAGGUUCAUGAGCUCCAGGAGCUCCGGGCUUCUGCCCUGCCACAGGCACCUCUGGCAAUUCCAGAGCCCCAGGUGUUUGAGGAUCCUAGUUUGGCUGCUGGGGAGGGGGAUUCCCAGAUCUCUGUCCCUGGGGAUUUGGAAGAACCAGAUGUUGCCCUGGGUCAAGAGGAACAGGGAUGUUCAGCCCAGGAUGGUUAUUUCUCUAUUCAGGUGCAGACUGUCAAUGACUAAAGUGAGCAUCCGCACCAGAAGAUCACCUUACCCCUUGGGAUUUUGUUUAAAGGAGUACCUGGGCAUAUGUAACUGCUGCAUGCCAUCUGACAGUAUCCCUGAGGCUCAGGUCGCGUUGAUCCCAUUCUCUGCCCAGGAAAAUUAGGCCCACCUCCAUAGCCUAGGUGAAAUGUUCCAACUCAACAUGGUAACAAUGAAUCAGGUAGAGAUGGUGAAGUCCUUAAGCCACAUGUAGAGCUCCAACAUUUUCCUAUCAUGGACAUCCUGCAGGUCCAGCUGCAGUCCCCUCUGGUUAAUGAUUCUGAGUACUUGAUGGAAUCACUGUGCAACUCUAAGGGCUUGGUACUACAUUACAUCCUGCAGGAGUCUGCUAAUUUUCCUACCUGCUUUUAGAGAUAGGAGAAGUGAGAACGAGAUUCCCUAAUUAAGAUCCAAUUUGACUCCAGUUUUGUUCUGCAGUUACCAUUAAUAUUAGGUGAUAGCAAGAUGGAGUAAUUGUGAAUGAGAAGGGAAUGAAUGAAACAUCAUAGUAAAGGCUUUGAUAGCUCUUUCUCAACAAUAAAAAUAUCUUCUUUUUCUUCAAUGUACACUGAGCACCUACAUAGUGCUCUAGUAUAUUGGUUUUCUGCCUCAAUCUAGCUUGAAAUCAAACAUCAUUUUAAAGAGCAAGGGCUACUUGUUACCCCGUCUUUUCAAGUGACUCCUUAAACUCAUUUUUUUGCAGAACUUCUAAAGAGUGUUUUCCUAUGUUUCAGAUUCCCAUCUUAUUAUCUAGAACCAUGAGCUUUUGCAUUCAAAGGAGUUCACUGAUACCACACUUGACAAGCAUGUAGCUGCAUAGUUGGUCUCUUUCCUCUCUGAAUCCCUCAUCCUAGUUGGCUAUUUUACUUGACUCACAAUUAGUGUUCUUCUCACAAUUAGUGAUUUAAUUGCAUGUCAAUUAAAUCAGUCUUUCUAACUCUACAAUUUGUUGCAUCUUCAGUUGGAAUGAAGACAUAGCCAGGUGCAUGAGUACACACACAUUCAUACAUAUUUUAUGUUCAUGCUGGCGUAAGUAUUUAUAUACUGCCUAUUGUCAUCUUUUGUGCUAUCCUUGUCCCUGGUGCUCUCUCUUAUUUCUACCUGUACUUUCCAUGCUAACUGAGCCUAGAUAUGAUUUCAUGCCUUAAAUUUAAGUCUUAGAGGCUCUAAGAUUUUGCGCUUUUUUUUUUUUUGCCCCAUUAUUCAGGGUGUGAGUGUGUGUGUGUGUGUGUGGGGGGGUGUUUGGUGGUGGUUCUUCAUUUCCCCUUUCCCUGAAUUUACAUUUCUUGAUGUGGGUACUGCUUUUUGAUUGUUUUUCUGUGCUGCUUCUAUUUCUAUUCUAAUCUAUGCUUUCUACUCCAAUUAGCUCUGCGGUAGAAAUGUAUAUCUUGAAUCCAAAUUAUCUAUAAUGGUUCUAAUAUCUGUAGAUUUUCCUCACACUUUAAACACUUCGGUUCUUACACAGUCACAUUUUCUGUGAACUUUUUCUGCUCCAUCCACUGAUUUUACACCUCUAUUCUGACAUGGACAUGCCAUAUGUAAACAUUUAGAAGCAUCCUCAUAAGGUGCAAAACUGCUUCUCUCUCCUUCCAACAUUUCAUUCAGGUGCUCACUUCUCCAUAUCUGUUUGUUCUGGGCUAUUCAAUCUUGGGUUUUGGUCAUUGCCUAAACCUGAGGCUCAUCAUUUUCUCAAUAAUUAAGAUUUCUCCAUUUUCGGUGCUUUUUUCUGAUCUAGGUUCUAGCUCUAGCCCUUUUCUCUUGGUAAGCUUUUUAAAUUCAUUUUCUCUUUUUCUUCCCUUUCCCCUUUCCCUCCUU